AUGACAGGUGCACUCAUCCAGGAAGUUCGAACACUCGUUAACGAUGCUGUCAAUGUCACGCGGUGUGCCUUCUCACGUAUGUUCAUUUAUGGCGUCUGCUUCUGGGGUGUUCAUCACCACUUCCAGGUCACCUAUACUAACGCAGUCUGUUCGGGUAUGAAGCAAUGUCCAAACGCCCAGAAGGCCCUCUGGCUCGGAAUUGCUUCGGCUCUCGUGUCAAUGUUGUUAGUGGUUUUCAAGGUUGUCGACAUCAUAAGGUACUUGUGUGCCGUAUUGGGUUUCUCCAGCGCUAUGAAGAAGUGUUCGACCGCGAUCACGCAAAAUUAA